GAAGGAAAUCGAGAGGGAAAUCAAUGAGCUAGAGGAGUUACUAGGAAGGGUGAAGGAGGUUUUUGGUGCGAAGUAAGGUGCUUGUCGAUGUUGGAAUGGUUGCUUCGGAGGGCUGUGAAGCAUAUAUGAAAUACAGCGUGAUGAGUUCAUAGUCGUAAUUAUUGUGGUUCUUCAAGAGUGAUAAGCGGAUAUGAUCUGGCGAAAUGUGAUCAUUGAUCGGACUCCGAACGGUGACGCCUCACACUGCAUGUUUGCCAUGCAAACAACCGUCAUGCCACAAACUGUGACAGCCCAACAGUCCACACACACACACACCACUCCCACGACUCAUUUGCCCUCGUCGUCAUACCUAAUCUCCAUCACCAAAACUCACCUCUCAACCCGCAGAGCAGUCUCCCCACGCAUAGCCAGCGCAUUCUAGUCCCAGACUCUUCCCAAGCCUCAAAUACGACCCCACCACAUCACCCACCACUCUCAUUCCCGGAACACUAUGCCAACAGACCCCCACGGGCAAGCGCAUACCGGCACCUAUGGUCUCUUUGAUGACCCCGACGAAUUCGCACAAACAACCGCGCGCGAAGAAGCACACGAGAUACACCGCUUGGAAGGCCAAAUCCGACGCCAAGAACGACGCGACAGGCGCCUUGAUCAGAAAGAAGAGAAAGCUGCGAAAAGAACUGCAGCGGGGAAAGCGGCGAAGUCGAAAUCACAGUCGAAGAUCGUUGGGUUAUUCGGUAAAUUCUUCGGAGGGAACAAAACUCCUAGCACCGUCGGGGGUCCUGCGGUUUCAGUGAGGAUUGGUGGUGAUGGUGAUGGUAGCGAUGAAGAAGGAGUGAAGGAAUUCGAAAGAGUAAAAAGACCGGGGUAUAAGAUUGUACGCCGACCGGCGACACCGGAUCAGGUGUAUCAUGCUAAGGAUAUGGAGGCGGUGGACAGUCCUUGGUUGAGGGAGUGUGGGAUGGUCAAGGUUAAGAGUGAGGGGGCGGGGGGCUGUCAUAUUGUUUCUAAGACGGAUAUUGAGAAGAGCGAGUGAGGGGGUGGGUAGUUCCAUGAGUCCGCGAUGAUACCCUGUUGCAGGCCGGGGGAUGAGCUGCUACUAAGUGAGCAUUGAUGUGUGGAGGGGCCUUGCCUAUGUCGUUCUGGUCGGUGGUCUUUGUAGGUUUGUCAACUCUUUCAAUUUCUACCUCUCAUGUCUCUGUUGCUGCUCAUUGAAGCGUUGAGUUGUCAUCUAAGCUGCUUUCGCUACGAGCCCCUCAAUGCUCUGCUUCACUAAGAUUUGUUGCAUGCCUGCAAACCUGUCAUAAUGAAGUCGUUUCGUAGAUAGAAUGCGUGUUCAUCGAUUGCGAAGAAUAGUAAAACAUUACAGCGAAUAGAUGGGGUUGACAGAUGUCGAUGGUCUGGC